AUGUUGUCAUCUGGCUUUGCGAACGCCAUAGUCUCCAAAUCGCUCGUCAUCUACAUAGUCGCAUCGUCAAUCGCUCUAUCCAUAUUCGACGUCAAACACCUCGCUAAUAUCCUUGUCGACGUCCAUUUAUGGCGGUAUGGGCAGUUUUCGCGAGUUUUUCUCUGGCAGGUAGCGGGGUAUGCCAAUUCGACGGAGGUUUUGUUCGCAGCAAUGCUGGCGUACCAUAUGCGCGUAGUUGAGCGGAUUUGGGGGUCUAGGAAGCUGGCCACAUUCAUCCUGACCGUUCUACCAUACACUACAAUCAUAACACCUCUGCUUCUAGCCCUAGUCUUGCACCCUCUUUCGCUUGGCACACUGAAUUAUCUGCCGUCCGGACCUACUGCGGUCAUGUUUGCGCUUCUGGUGCAAUAUCAUGACUCAAUCCCUCACACAUUCAAAUAUCGCAUUUCAACAACCGGCGGAAGCACAGGCCACCAGACUACUACUACGUCACAGAAUGAGGGCAAUACUAACAACUCCUCCAAACGUUCACUAACAAUAUUACUUUCUGAUAAAUCAACAACCUACCUCAUUGCGGCCCAAUUAGCCUUGUCGCAAUUCCCGGCAUCACUCCUACCUGCAUUUGUCGGCUGGGCCGUUGGAACUGCAUGGAGAGCCGAUAUUCUGCCAGGAUCCCGAAAUUGGAGGGUUCCAGCUUGGAUCGUCGGAGAAAAGGAGUCCAGGCGUCCUGCUGGCACUUUCUCGGCUGUUAGCGGAAACGGCGAUGCUGAGGAUGGUGAAAGAUAUGCAGAUUUACGGAGACGAUUAGAUGCGGCUUCUGCUGCGGCUGCUGCUGCCACUCAACAGGGUGCUAGCAGUGGUGUAGAAGGAUCGACGAGACAAUCACAGGGGAGACCGUUAUUGGAACGAUUGAGGGGCGUGUUUUAG